GCUGUUCCAUCGCCGUAAAGUGCUUCGAUAUUGCAGCCGUCGUAGUGUCGGUGGCUAACAGUAAACAGCGAUAAAUUGAUUAAAGGAUUCUUCUAAACGGGGUGAUUUAGAUUUUUUCUUUUGGGUGGUUUGAUAACAGUUUGUUACGAUGGCUGAAAAAUUCGAUAACCUCGAAGAGCAUCUGGAGAAAUUCAUCGAGAACAUUCGACAGCUGGGAAUCAUCGUCAGCGACUUUCAGCCCAGCAGCCAAGCAGGACUCAACCAGAAACUAAAUUUCAUGAUAUCCGGCCUACAAGACAUCGAGAAGUGCCGUCAGCAGCUUCAUGAGAUCAACGUCCCUCUGGAGGUCUUUGAAUACAUUGACCAAGGUCGAAACCCUCAGCUGUACACAAAGGAAUGUCUGGAGAGAGCCUUGGCGAGGAACGAGCAGGUCAAAGGAAAGAUAGACACAAUGACGAAAUUCAAGAGCCUUUUAAUUUCUGAGCUCAGCAAAGUUUUUCCAGAGGAGAUGGCCAAGUAUAAGGCUAUACACGGAGAAGACGCCCCCUCCUAGUGACCGCUGCACCAACAGCCCUGACCUUCAACCUGUGACCCUUGAAAUGAAAGCAUGGAUGAAGUUUGGUCGAGCAGGAUCCUCUGUGGUUGCCAGCAGAACAUGAUAAUACCCGAUUAUUAUUUGUCAUAAAUGUUGCGAUGCUGUCUGUGAGCUGCUGAUUGGUUUCCCGAGGGAAGAGGUUUUUAUUUCUGGUCAGCACCCUGACUCAGCCAAUCCUGUCCUGUCGCUACAUUUAAACUUCAUGUAAAGAAUUACAAAUAAACAGCAAGUUGAGAGGGGAAACAGAUACUUUUAUGCACUGGUUUGUUAACUCGCAAGGGUACACAUUCAUUUUUUUUAUGCCCCUGUUGAUGCACGGAUACUGAAUUAGCAGCGGAAUAUCUUUUUUUGGUUUAAAUUUUAUUUUUUUUAAAGCUGCAAGACUCCUGUCUGAUCCUGCAUUAAAGAAUUUACUCCAUCAGAUGUACAUACGAUCUAUUUAUACUCUGCCUUUUUGUAAUGCUUCCCAACCAUUGUGCAACAUACAUUUGUAAAACCCGCAGUUCAUAACAUUUUGUAUCAAGCUCAGGUUUCUAAUGGCCAUGAUUAAUGAAUGCAAAUGUCAUUUGAAGGUAAUUCUGUGCCUGAUCACGUGACAUGGUCAGAAAUGAGUCCACCAUUUCUUUGUAACUCGUUUGUAUUAUAGUGUUUGUUAAUAAAUGAUCCUUUUGGACUGA